CAGUGUUUUUCAGUCAAAUAACAGCGUAUGUAAAAGGUGGCGAAAAGUUGCAAAACUUCAUGAAAAUAUUAAUUUCGGAUAUUAUUUGAAAGUAAAUCAAUAAUAUCAAUAAAUAUGGUCACACCGGCUGUUAAACAGACAUGGACUGUAAUGGGCGUUCUCCUCAAUAUGAUGGGACAGGGCAUGGUCCUGAGCUUCCCCUCCAUAUUGCUUCCAUCCCUCUUCGCGCCAGAUUCAAAGAUACCGGCUAACAUACACGUGGCCUCUUGGGUAGCAUCGUGUAUUGGCAUCGCUGGUAUACCUGGAUUCAUGACUUCGUCUUUCCUAAUGGAUAUGUAUGGAAGAAGAUUGGCGCACGCAGUUGUCGUUGUGCCAGGAAUUGUAGGCUGGCUUUUAAUAUACUUCGCUACUAACAUAUCUGUUCUCAUAAUCGGAAGAUCAUUAUGUGGAUUGGCAGCUGGUGCCACUGUAUCUCUGGGCGCGGUUGUCAUCGGAGAAUACACCAGCCCAAGCAACCGAGGAAUGUUCCUUAACCUUAAGACAACAGCUGUUUGUGUUGGGAAUAUGAUUGUGCAUUUAUUAGGGAACUUUUACGCAUGGAAAACUGUCGCAUUAAUUGGCUUAAUACCCCAUAUAUUAUCUCUAAUAAUAAUAGCUACAUGGCCAGAAAGUCCAGCGUGGUUAGCUUCUCGAAAACGGUUCGAUGAAAGCGAAAAGUCAUUUUACUGGCUCAGAGGUAAGACCGCUGAAUCUAGAAAGGAAUUGGGAGAAAUGCUCAGAGCGCAAAAAGAAAGAAUUGAAUAUCCAUCAUCGAAAUCAUUCUCCAAAAUAUGCUUAGAAUUUUUCAAAAAGUUCACUAAAAGAGACUUUAUUAAACCGGUGAUAAUUAUAUUUUUUGGUGGUCUUCUGUUAGAGACAUGCGGAAGACAUAUUUUCCCAGCUUACGCCUUACAAAUCAUUGAAGAGGUAACAGGAAACAAGUCACAAUCAUUCUACUACACUUUGGGAAUAGAUUUGAUUAUUUCUGCCAGCGCGUUAUUUUCAUCAGUUCUUGUCAAAAUCAUGAAAAGGCGUACCCUUUUAUUUGGAAGUGGAUUUGCAGCUUUAUUAGUUCUCAUGUGUGUUUGUCUAUACUUAUAUCUAUCAGCACAUGGUUUAAUUUCUAAGGAUAAAUCUUGGAUAGCCGUAACGCUAUUUGCUUUGUACUUCAUUCUCUCAAACCUAGGAUGUACUCCGAUACCGUUGGCGUUACUGGGCGAAGUUUUUCCCUUAGCCCAUCGAGGCGCUGGAUCAUCAGUCGCAGGGUUUAUUUUAUCCAUUUUUGUUAUGGCUGGAAUGCAAGUAACGCCAUAUCUGUUGGUCAGCGUUAAAGUUUAUGGAACUUUUGCUGUUUUCGGAACAGCAAUGGGAUUAGCAUUAGUUGUGCUGUAUUUCAUCCUUCCUGAAACCAAAGAUAAAACAUUACAACAGAUAGAAGACUACUUUAACUUUGGAAGGUUUAAAGAUGAGGACGUUGAGAACGAUGAUGAAGUUAAAAUGAAGAUGAUACCGAAUUAAAUGUUACGUUAUCAGUUGAGUGAUUUGUGUUUUGCGUUUAAUGAAUGCGUUGUUAGUUUUAAGGUUAAAAUAAAUCUGAUUAUUUUUAAUUUAAAGAUCAUUAAAUUUUACAAUUUAGUAAGCAACCCUUCAUUUUAAGAAAUAUAAUAUUUUUUGUA